AUGGCCCCCGGGACCCAGAGGCCCCCCUCCCAGGGGCCAAUAACAUUCAAGGAUGUGGCUGUUGACUUCACCCAGGAGGAAUGGUGCCUGUUGGACCCUUCACAAAAAAAGCUGUACAGGGAAGUCAUGCUGGAGAAUGUGAAGAAUCUACUCUUCAGGAUCCACACUAGAGAGAAACCAUAUGAAUGUAAACAAUGUGGAAAAGGUUUCAAAGAAAGGGUCUUUCUUGCUAAGCAUCAGAGAACCCACUCUGGAGAGAAACCUUAUGAAUGUACACAGUGUGGAAAGGCUUUCACAGAGAGGGGCUCUCUUGCUAAGCAUCAGAGAACCCACUCUGGAGAGAAAUCUCAUAAAUGUACUCAAUGUGGAAAGUCUUUCAGAGAGAAGGGUUUUCUUGCUAAGCAUCAGAGAACCCACUCUGGAGAGAAAUCUUAUGAAUGUAAACAAUGUGGAAAGGCUUUCAAACGGAAGAGCCAUCUUGCUUCACAUCAGAGAACCCACUCCGGCGAGAAACCUUAUGAAUGUACACAGUGUGGAAAGGCUUUCCUGCACAAGGUGGAUCUUGCUGCACAUCAGAGAAUCCACAGUGGACAUAAACCUUAUCAAUGUAAACAAUGUGGAAAGGCUUUCACACAGAGCUCUGGUCUUGCCGUACAUCAGAGAAUCCACACUGGACAUAAACCUUAUGAAUGCAAACAAUGUGGAAAGGCUUUCACAGUGAGAGGCUCUCUUGCUAAACAUCAGAGAGUCCACUCUGGAGAGAGACCUUAUGAAUGUACACAAUGUGGAAAGGCUUUCACAGAGAGAGGCUCUCUUGCUAAACAUCAGAGAAUCCACUCUGGAGAGAAACCUUAUGAAUGUAUACAAUGUGGAAAGGCAUUCAGAGAGAGGGGCUCUCUCACUGUACAUCAGAGAAUCCACUCUGGAGACAAACCUUAUGAAUGUAAACAAUGUGGAAAGACUUUUACACGGAAUGGCUAUCUUGCUGUACAUCAGAGAAUCCACACUGGAGAGAAACCUUAUGAAUGUAAACAAUGUGGAAAGGCUUUCACAGUGAGUGGCAAUCUUGCUAAGCAUCAGAGAAUCCACCUUUGA